AUGGGCGUCAGAGUGGUUGACGACCUACGUGUUAUGAUCUUCAUGUGCAUUCUCAUUCCUUUAUCUUAUGAGCUAGGGGUGGACAAACAGUCAGAUAGGGUCGGAUUCGAGCCCAAAACACCAAUCCGGUCCAACCCACGGGUGACAUAUAGUGGCCAAUUUCGACCCUAUCUAAUAUUGGAUUUUUCGGGUUCGGGUUCUUUCAGGUUCAGAUUGGAAGAAGUGCCAAGCAAGAUAAAAGGACUAGUGAGGAAUGUGAAGAGAGUGGAAGCUGAAAUAGCAGCAUUAAAGACUUCAUAUCUGCAGAAAAUCAACAAAGGCUCCAACAUUGUGAUCUUGGACUCGUACUCAGACUCGGCAAAGAUAGUUGCAAGAACACUAACGAGGCUUGGAUUUAAGAACUCAUGGAUUGUUGGUGAUGGAUUUUCUGGAGGCAAAGGGUGGUUACAGAGUAGAUUAGGGACAAAUACGUAUAAAUUUUCGUUUGCAGAGGUGUUGUCGCCAUCUAGAAUCAUCCCUGCAGGUGUUAAAAGUGCUGGAACAACCAGCAGGCAAUCUAAUCAGAAACUUCUUCCAGGAGCUGACUGA